AUGGAUCUGGGCCAGACAAAACGCCCGCGUGCUGCGCCUGACCCCUAUAACGACUUUGAGCCACGCUCCAAAUGUACCGUCUGCUGUGGGAUUCGCUGUGCCGCAGUUGUGGGCGCCGUGGUGUUCGCGGUGACCUUCCCGUGCAACCUGGUGAUGCUCGGGGGCCGCAUGUGUGAGGGCCGCGGCGUCGUUGGUUUCCUCGACCGUCACCUUUUUCUGCCGCUGCCGCUUGCCACGAUGGCUUUCACGCACCAAACGAUGCAGUCAGAGGCACUGUGGAGCAAAAACCGCAAGCCACUAUGGCAUCUCAAUUGGCAGUCUGCCGGCCUCAAUGUGCUGCUGUGGAGCGCGCUAACGCUCUUUGGCACUAUCAUCUCACGGCGCUACGCCCCGCAGUGGAGUCGCUCUUACCGUCUGCUGAUGUGGGAUUACCAGCGAACCCGCCGCUGUUGUGCUAACAAGUACUUCCCCACUGCAUUUGGCAGGAUCACAGAGGACCUCGACUGGUACAACAUUAUGUGGAGCCUCAGCAUCUACCACAUUCUUUGGGGCAUGAUGACUGUCAUGGCGGAGAGAGAGUUCGGCGCCCACUACGCCAUGUUCUAUCGCGAUUGGCCGUACAGCCGGUGGUGCUCGCCGCGUUGGCGAGAGUGGCGCGAGAUGGAGGCGCUGAAGCAUAUCAACACAGAGCAGGUCGUAGGGCAUUCCCGUUGGGGUUCCUUUCUCACGCUUGAUCGCUGGCGGUCCAGUAGCGUUUAG